CCCUCCCAGGACCCGUGAUGCCAAGGCCCCAGCGGGGGACGAGGAAGAGUCCGGGUUGAGCCCCCAACUGAGUCGUGGGCUCGCGCUCUAGUUUCCCAGGCCUGCCCCACCUAAAGAAAUGAGUGGUGGAUUGGCCCCAAGUAAAAGCACAGUGUAUGUAUCCAACUUGCCCUUUUCCCUGACCAACAAUGACUUAUACCGGAUAUUUUCCAAGUAUGGCAAAGUUGUAAAGGUUACUAUAAUGAAAGAUAAAGAUACCAGGAAGAGUAAAGGGGUUGCAUUUAUUUUGUUUUUGGAUAAAGACUCUGCACAAAACUGUACCAGAGCAAUAAACAACAAACAGUUAUUUGGUAGAGUAAUAAAAGCAAGCAUUGCUAUCGACAAUGGAAGAGCAGCUGAGUUCAUCCGAAGACGAAACUACUUUGACAAAUCUAAGUGUUAUGAAUGUGGGGAAAGUGGACACUUAAGUUAUGCCUGCCCUAAAAAUAUGCUUGGAGAACGGGAACCUCCAAAGAAGAAAGAGAAAAAGAAAAAAAAGAAAAUUCCUGAACCAGAAGAAGAAAUUGAAGAAGUAGAAGAAAGUGAAGAUGAAGGGGAAGAUCCUGCUCUUGACAGUCUUAGUCAGGCCAUAGCUUUCCAGCAAGCCAAAAUUGAAGAAGAACAGAAAAAAUGGAAACCCAGUUCAGGAGGUCCCUCAACAUCAGAUGAUUCAAGACGCCCAAGAAUAAAGAAAAGCACAUAUUUCAGUGAUGAGGAAGAACUGAGUGAUUAAAAUUGUAUUUAUUAUGUAAAUAUCAUUUAAAAAAAUUUUUUUAAGUCUUGGGGUACCAAGUUCAGUUGAAAUUAAAGAUUACUUUUAGAAUUUAAGCAUAAAAACCACAUAGUACCAAAUAAUUUUUUUACUAUAAAAUAGGUUCAUAGGAAAUUGAAAAUAAUUUUAAAGUAUCAUGUUUCUAUCUUGCCUUAGCAGAGUAAUAAAAAUCAAGAUUUGCUGGUAACCAUUAAUCUUGAAAAUAGUUCACUUGAAUUAAAAAGAAAUCUUAAUACUGUCAUAGUAUUGCCAUUGUCAUCCCAAGAAAAAAGACCAAUAUUAAAAAGAUGUGUUUGGGAAGCUCAUUAUAAAAGUUUUUUCAUGUCUGAUUGGUUUACAUGAAGACAUUUGAAGUAAAUUUCAUCUUUAAGACAAAAACUUCAUGAAGACUGGAAAAUACUGACUGAUUUAUUGUUAUUAAAUGUUAAUAAAAUUUUCAAGAGAAUUUUGUUUUUAAA